UUAAUGAGCGAAACGAACUCGGAGGCAAGCGGAAGUGAUCCCGAUAUGCUUUUAGUGCUUUUAGAACUGAUCCUAAAUAAAAUGGAUAAAGAUAGCGAUGGCUUCCUAAACUAUGAAGAGUUCAAGAAUGCUGCUUUGCAAGAUUGGUUGCUCAUUGAAAUAUUUGGUCAGUGCUUGCCUGAUUACAAGCGCCACGUUUCAUUCUUAGAAGAAAUGAAGAACUUUACUGACAAUAAAUAGAAGUGAGAUACACGGAGAAAGAGUUUG